GGCGGCUGCCCGCUCCGCCGGGCCCCGUGCUGCGCCCUGACCGCUGCUCUUCAUGGCGGCCUCCGCGCAGCCUUCUGUGCCGCCGGCGCUGAGCGCGGAACAGGCGAAGGCGGUGCUGGCGGAGGUGAUCAAGGCGUUCGGGGCGCCUGAAAACGCGCAGCGCAUGGAGGAGGCUCGGGACAACGCCUGCAAUGACAUGGGCAAGAUGCUGCAGUUCCUUCUGCCCGUGGCCACGCAGAUCCAGCAGGACGUGAUCAAGGCCUACGGCUUCAGCAGCGACGGCGAAGGCGUCCUGAAGUUCGCCCGGCUGAUCAAGUCCUACGAGUCGCAGGACCCGGAGAUCGCCAGCAUGUCGGGCAAGCUGAAGGCCAUGUUCCUGCCGCCCAUGACGCUGCCGCCGCACGGGGCCGGCACCGGCGGUGUUGCUGCCUCCUGAGCCCGCGGAGUUUUGCCGGUGCUCUGGCUGGUGCUCUCCUCCCAAGGAGCAGGUCCUGUCAGCCCUGGGAAUGGGGCACUUGUACAAGGGAAACGCGGAUCUGGAAGGAACGGGAUGCUUCAUGCCCACUCGUGUGUCUGCUCGUGAAUAAAAUGUGUGUUGAAAGUG